CUUUUCAGCUACUGUAUUUCGUGCUGUUCGACUUCGUUGCUCGUGAGGUGGAGUUCGAGACGAGUUCGGCUCCUUCGUUUCCGUUCGACUCCGCUCCUUCGACGUCCCUUCUUGUCGGAUCGGAAGUCACGACAUUUUAAUCGGAAGCAACUACGGGAGCUCGCUCGCUCGCUGUGUAGAACGAUGGCGCUGAGAGGUAUUUGGCAGCUUCAGAAAUUGAUAGUGAGCUAUUGUGACUGGGGUGGAAGUAGCAGGGGAAUCAGGGCAUUCAUGGAAACUCAUUUGCCAUCCUUUAAGGAAAAGAAUCCUCAGCUGGAGGUUGUUACAGAACUUAUCCGUGGUCAACAUCCUCAUUUGAAGGGUUACUACAAGAACCAUAAUCAGCGUGUGAUUUGCGUGAAGAAUUUAUCACCGGAAGAAAUACUGUUACACUCAACUAGACUACGCAAUGCUCUGGGUAGAAAGGUCAUUAAGCUGCGGACAAGGCAUGUGACUAAGCAUCCCAGCGUUCAGGGAACUUGGAAUACACAACUGAAGUUUUGAUUGUUGAUGCUUAAAAAUUUUGGUGAAUGUGCAAGUCGCAUCCUUGUUGUUUUUUCUAUGAAUUCUUACCAGGAAAUAUAUAUCAGUUAUAUCCUUCAAAGUUAACGGCAUUUAAGUUAACAUAUAUUUUUCUGAGAAAUUUGCUUGCAA